AUGAGUGCAGCAAUCAAGAGGUACCGGAGAGCGCACAUAAAAGAUCACUUUUCUCUACGGUGCCGAGUACUACGCAAUGAGGUCAACGAUUCCGCAUAUGGCGAGAUUGUUCGGGAUCUCAGUCUUCUGAUCCGAGUCUAUGGUGCAUGUGUAAGCACCAAGGACGAGCUGAUGGCUGCUUGGGGUAAAAGUCCGCACAACAGCGUUGUCGGUGGCGGUUUACCAAUAUCACCAUCCGUUACGGAUGGCCAGACAUACUGA